GCCGGCGCGCUGUCGUGACGCAACCAAAGCCGCAGGAAAGAUGGCGGCGCUGGUGAAGGGCUUAGGCUGCGCCACGCGACUGUUGCUGCCGGUGGUCCAGACUUGGGACCUGGACGCGCGGCGCUGGGUCCGGGCGCUGCGGCGGAGCCCCGUGAAAGUGCUGUUUCCAUCCGGACUGGUGGUGGGACGGAAGCCCGGUCCUGGGAAGCAGCCCUCGAAGGCGGCGGAUGAGGCCAGUCCUGAGUGGAAACGGAAGCAGCCGCCUCAGGUGCCCUCGUCCCAGACACCCAGCACCUGGGAAGAAUCGGGGCUUCGCUAUGAUAAGGCUUUACCUGGGGACCGAAGGCUGAGCAGUGUAAUGACAAUUGUUAAGUCCAGGCCAUUUCGUGAAAAGAAAGGGAAGAUCCUGCUGGAAGGCCGCAGGCUGAUUGCAGAUGCUCUUAGAGCUGGUGCUGUGCCAAAAGUUUUCUUCUUCAGUCGUCUGGAAUACAUAAAGGAGCUGCCAAUUGAUAAACUGAAAGGUGUCAGCCUCAUUAAGGUGAAAUUUGAGGAUAUCAAGGAUUGGUCCGACCUAGUAACACCGCAAGGAAUAAUGGGGAUUUUUGUCAAACCUGACCCUGACAAGAUAACAUACCCAGAGACUCAGCUGUGCCAUUCCCUGCCCCUAUUGUUGAUUUGUGAUAACCUCCGGGACCCUGGGAACCUGGGCACAAUUCUGAGAUCUGCUGCUGGAGCCGGCUGCAGCAAAGUAUUACUCACCAAAGGCUGUGUGGAUGCCUGGGAGCCCAAAGUUCUGCGGGCAGGUAUGGGUGCACAUUUCCAGUUGCCCAUCAUCAACAAUCUGGACUGGGAAACGGUGCCCAGCUACCUGCCCAACGACACCCGGGUCUAUGUGGCUGACAACUGUGGCCUUUAUACCCAGGCCCAGAUGUCUAGUAAAGCCAGUAACCAUGGCUGGGUUUGUGACCAGCGACUCUCUAAGUUUCACAAGUAUGAGGAGGAAGAGGAGGAGGACCAAGAAACUGGAGCCAGUAAAGACUGGCUUCCUGAUCUUGAGGUCCAGAGUUACGACUUGGACUGGACAGAGGCACCGGCAGCUGUGGUGAUAGGUGGGGAGACCCACGGCGUGAGCCUGGAGUCCCUGCAGUUGGCCGAGAGCACUGGGGGCGGGAGGCUGCUGAUCCCUGUCGUGCCUGGCGUGGACAGCCUAAACUCAGCCAUGGCUGCAAGCAUCCUGCUAUUUGAAGGGAAAAGACAGCUGCGGCUAAGGGCAGAACACUUGAGCGGGGACAGGAGUUACCACUGAGAGGGGAUGUGGCAGUGAGUCCUCAGUUUGAGGUUGUCUCCAGCUCCUCUGCAUUGUUAGGAGUCGGGCGGAGUCGGUACCUGGCUUCUGAGGUGUGUUCAGGAGGCAGAGGGUGGGCGUGAUGCUGUCACAUGGUUAUUAGAAAAAUAGGAAUUUCCAUUAAUUUUGCUUAUCCUCAGCAUUCUUCCUGAGAUCUCCCAUCUCCCCCAUGGUGUUUUAGUGUGUGCACAUAUAUAUAUAUUUUUAUACAUACAUAUAUAUACACAUGUGAAUGUGACAUUAACAGAUGAGCCACAUAGCUUUAUAUUGUAUGUUUUAAGAAUUGUCUGCCAAGGAGCAUUUUUGUGCCCAGAAAGUUCUGGAAGGCAUCAUCUUGGGCAGGAAGGACCAUCCCCUUUACAGCUAGCUGGUGGGUGUUUUUAGUCACUGAGCACUGGGUAUAGGCCAGGCCCAGUCACUCACUCCUGAUCACGGGUCAAUGGAAAACUGAAGUGUAGACCAGCAGAUUACAUUAAGAAGUUUUAUGUCAGCGGGUCUUAAUGUCUGUCUUUAAUCUCUGGCUUAGUGAUGAGGUCAUUGCUAGGGGGUGAGUGACUCAGGACGCUGGGGCUCCAUGUGAUGGCAUUUCAGAGCUUGCUGUUCCUUCGGCUUGGCCCCACCAGUCCCUGUGAUUGCUUGAUCAGGCCUUGACUUAAACAGCCAUUUUUUAUGUAAAACACGAUUUCUUUUCCCAUCUCUGGUGAAACAGCUGAUAGAAACAACUUAAUUCAGUAGAUGACAUUAUUCCUUCUUAGCUCCUCUGCACAUGUCUUUUUGGGGACUCUCUGUUCAGAAAUGGAGGGAAGAGUUUUAAAAUCUUGAGUUUAAUCCUGCAUCUGUCAGGAAAGCCAGACCCUUUCUUCUAGCUUCCUGCGGUUACUCCUACUUUAUGUAACACUUCUGGUUAAAUGUGAUGAGUUGAGGGACAUAUUUACAUUAAUACCCCCUCCUGCAUAGCUGAACAGAACUGUUAGGAAAAUGCCAGCAUUGCUGGACACCAUGUGAAUAGAGGGCUCCUGCGAGAGAGGAGAGGCUGAGGUUCUGGGAUGAGAGCCUGGGGCCCUUGCACCCACAACACUGCAGCAGGAUCCUGCUGUUCUCUAAACCCCAGGGGACUGGGCAGGCUGGAGCCUUGCCUACCAGGUGCCAACGAGAUGUAGCUGGGGACACGACAAAUGCAGAUGGUAAUCACUGUGUGUAAGGCACUGUGGGAAGUGCGUGGGUAGGACUGGCGCAUGGGACUUAACUUCAAGCAACCACAGAGAUAAGGCUGGAGUUGAGGAUGACACUACCAGUGUAGCUUCACAUCCCUGUUGUACAGUGGCUCCUGUCAUCAUUGGGAUUGCUUGGGAGCCCUUCAGCUGCUCAUUCCAGGGAGGCCCAAUGAGUUGUGGUGUGCCUAAGAGACACUGUGGCCUCCCUUGCUCUCUGCUCUGCUCUCCCAGCUCCCUAAUAGAAUUUCCUCCAGAGAAUCAGAGAUCAAGCGUGACUUGAACCUCAAUGGGGGCAGAGUGGGAUUGCUUGGAUACAUUUGAGAGGAGGGAACAGUCUCUCUGGUUAGCCAUGCUCUCCCAACCAGAGCCUCUGCCCUGGUGCCCCACUCCCACCCAGGCCCCACACAUUUGUUGCAAGUGGCCCUCACAACAAUUGUUUUUGAAAUACUGCAUCCCCUGUCAGCAUUUAUAAAGUAGAAAAGCUCACAGCCUUUAAACUGCUGAGUCCAUGAAGGCUGGGGCCUACUCUGCCAGCUUUACAGAGCCAUAAUGCCUGUUAGACCAGCUGGCUAGAUUUGGGAGGCAGCCCAGAGAACUGAGUCACUCCAGUCUACUGACAUUCGGUCUGACACCUUGGCAAAGUGCUAAACAAACAGAAGUCACUGAUGGGAAGCUCAUGCCUUUCCACCAUGAAACCAGUCUCCGGCAACUUUUUUCUCUGGGUUAUUGUUCCUGUUGGAUUUGGUUACGAAAUAAAAAUCAGUGAAAAAACAA